AGGACGUUGUCAUUAUUUCCACCUCAAGCCUCCCAUCCUCGCGACCUCCCAAUUCGGACAUCGGACACUCAGGUCCCUCGUCUCCCCCAAAUCUCAUUCGAGGCCCCCUCUCGCACUUCUGAUCUGACACAAAUCCACGCCAUUUUUGAUGGAUGAUCCAGACACGACCGGCAACAACGAGAUCGGUGCGCCGUACCUGUGCAUGAGCUUUGUGCCCGGGAAGCCCGUGUCCGAGGUAUGGUUUGGUCCCUCGGGCACCUUGUCGCAAGAAGAAUUGCGCCUCAGGAUCCUGGCAAGCCUGUCACGGGUCAUGGCUCAGUUCUCUCGUCUGACCUUCAACAAGAUGGGGUCCAUUAUGGAAGACGGAUCUGGCUCGACUGUCAUCGGCCCUUUGUACGAUUGGGAUGAAAAAGAAGAUGGCAGACUUCAGGUUGCCGCUUCGGGUCCUUUUGACUCAACCUCUGCCUUUCUACAGCAAAACGAAGUUGCAAGCUCCAACGAAAAUGUGUGGGAUAAAGCAGAGGCGAAGGUGGUGGCAGCCAUUUUGGGCUGCUUACCAACCUUGGAUUCUCCGCCUGGCUUCGUUCUAUGUCCCCAUGAUUUCGACUCGCAGAAUGUCCUGGUGGAUGACGAAGUUACUGUCACCGGGCUCAUUGACUGGGACCUCGCCCAGACAAUGCCACGAAUUGUGGGAUAUGCCAGAUACCCAGGGUGGAUCACGCGCGAUUGGGAUCCUCUGAUGUACGGCUGGCCAAAGACGGCUGAAUCGGAGGACUCUCCAGUAACGUUAGAGCGGUACCGGGCAUAUUACAACACGGAUCUCGGCAAGGCGCUGAAGUGGCAGGGUGACUGGAAUUCCACCGAUAAAUCGCACAUGGCCGAGGCAAUAUGGAUUGCCGCGCUGCGCCGUCACAAUCGUCUUGAGAUAUGUCGCAAGUUUGUUCAGGUUGCUGCAGGCGACGAUAUUAAAGCUUUAGAUAUCGUCUACGACAUCGGAGCGGGACAAUAUGAUGAAGAGAAUUGGGGUAUCUUGCAAACCAACUUACGGCGCUUAAUACGUUCAUGUUGAUGGGUGGAUUUUGUUGUUGGCCGCUGUUGAUGAAUCACAUUGUGGGUUGCCGUCCCC